AAGGGGCCGGCGCCGCGCUCUGCCCGUCGCGCCUGGCUGCCGAGGGCCGCGGGCCCCGCCGCCGGCCGCAGGAUGCCGCUGGGGCUGAAGCCCACCUGUAGCGUGUGCCGCAGCACCUCCUCCUCCAUGUGGAAGAAGGGCGGCCAGGGGGAGAUUCUGUGUAACAACUGCACGGCCCGCUCUGCCCCGCCCGGGCCCGCCGCCUUCGCCACCACCUCGGCCGCCACACAGCACAGCAACGGCGGCGGCGGAAAGCAGAGCAAGCAGGAGAUCCACCGCCGGUCGGCGCGGCUCAGGAACACCAAGUACAAGUCGGCGCCCGCGGCGGAAAAGAAGGUUUCCACGAAGGGCAAGGGCAGGAGGCAUAUCUUCAAGUUAAAAAACCCUAUCAAGGCUCCUGAGUCUGUGUCCACUAUAAUUACAGCAGAAUCAAUCUUUUACAAGGGUAUGUACUAUCAAAUUGGAGAUGUUGUUUCAGUGGUUGAUGAGCAGGAUGGAAAAACAUACUAUGCUCAGAUCCGUGGGUUUAUUCAGGACCAGUACUGUGAGAAGAGUGCCGCACUAACCUGGCUGAUUCCCACCCAAGCCAGCCCCAAAGACUGUUUUGAUCCAGCAUCUUAUAUCAUAGGACCAGAAGAAGAUCUCCCAAGGAAGAUGGAAUACUUAGAAUUUAUUUGUCAUGCACCUUCAGAAUAUUUCAAAUCUCGAUCAUCUCCCUUCCCUACUGUGCCUACAAGACCAGAGAAGGGCUACAUAUGGACUCAUGUGGGACCUACUCCUGCAAUCUCCAUCAAAGAAACUGUUACCAAUAAUUUGUGAUUUUUUUAAAGAUGCACUUUGGAUGAGUUAUUUUGAGUGUAUCCUCAGGUCUGUGGACCACACACAAGAAGUUUCAAAAAAUGAUACGAUGUUCA